GGGGCCUGGCUGGGAGGGGUGCCCACGGCGCAAACCACGUCCCCCAGCACCUCGCGCCGUGCAGGUGGGGUGUCCCCCGUCGGGCUCCCUGGGUUCCAGGUCCCAGCCGCAGCUUCUCCGCUCAGUGACCCCAAUGCAGACACUGAAUGGAACGACAUCUUACGCAAGAAGGGCAUCCUGCCCCCGAAGGAAAGCCUAAAAGGCACGGAGGAGGAGGCGGAGGAGGAAGCACAGCGAAUCCUCCAGCAAUCAGUGGUGAAAACAUACGAAGACAUGACUCUGGAGGAGCUGGAGGAGAAUGAAGAUGAAUUCAGCGAGGAGGAUGAGCGGGCCAUUGAGAUGUAUAGGCAACAAAGACUGGCGGAGUGGAAAGCGACCCAGCUGAAGAACAAAUUUGGAGAAGUUUUGGAGAUCUCAGGCAAGGAUUAUGUUCAAGAAGUUACGAAAGCCGGUGAGGGCUUGUGGGUAGUCCUGCACCUUUACAAACAAGGGAUUCCUCUCUGUGCUCUGAUAAAUCAACACCUGAGUGGACUUGCCAGGAAGUUUCCUGAUGUCAAGUUUGUCAAAGCCAUUUCAACCACCUGCAUACCCAACUAUCCUGAUAGGAACCUGCCCACCGUGUUUGUUUACCGGGAAGGUGACAUCAAGGCUCAGUUCAUUGGUCCUCUGGUGUUUGGUGGCAUGAACCUGACGAGAGAUGAGCUGGAGUGGAAACUGUCCGAGUCUGGAGCAGUCAAGACGGACCUGGAGGAAAACCCCAGGAAACCCAUUGAAGACUCGCUGCUGUCCUCUGUGCGGUGCUCGGUCCCCACGAGGAAGGACAGUGACUCUGAGGGAGACUAAGGCCACAGCUGACAUAAUUUGCUGAACUUUCUUGAUGUGACAAAUCAACUGAUUUUUUUUUUUUUUUUUUUUUUUUUAAGAAUAAAGAGCUGGGCCUGGGCCUGUGGCGCCAGGUCCUAGGGCGGGAGGGUGGCCUGAGCCAGGAGCUGGGGGAGGCUGGCGGCCUGGGAGGCCCCUCGGAGGAUGAAGAAAGGAGAGGAGCAAGCAGGAAGGAGCCUUCGGUUUUAAGCCUUUUUUGAUGAUAUUUCCUAUCUCGUACGUUUUAGGAUGAUCAGUGCUGGGAAUUCUAUUCAGUUUCUUGGAACUCUUUUUAAAAAAAUUAAUAGCACUUUCUUUAUAAAACAGUCAGGACUUGUUCCUGGCAUGGCAGAGAUGUCUGUUCUCCCACUUGCAUUUUAAGUAAGCCAUAAAUCUGUGUUCUCUAUUUUUUGAUGUGUAAUUAUGUAAAAGGGAUAUGAGUUUUUUAAAAAAUCGUGAAUAAGUUAUGGUGGAAAAACCACAAACUAAGUUUUAUACUUACAUUAUAUAUUUUAUAAACUAGCAACAGUUAUCAACAAAUGAAUGAUCUUUAGAGAAAAAUCUUUGUUCUGUCCUCCUGAGAAGAAAUAGAUAAUUCUUGCAAAACAUUGUUUUAUCAAAGCAAUAACUGACAGGUUUAAUUUACUGUCAUUUCUUCAAGUGUUUUUUUUUUUUUUUUUCCUAGUUAAAAUAAUGUUUACCUCAGACUGUUGAGAUAGGGAAUCUUGAUUACUGUAAAAGGCCACAUUAAAUUCUUUUUGGAAAUAAAAUUUAAGCAGUCAUAUAAA